GAGGAGUGAAGGUCCAGUGGUGAAUUCUUACUUUCCAUUUUCACAGGAAUCUUUGAAGAAGCAUGGCUACAGCAAAUCAUUCUACAGCAACCAAAUUUGUCUUAGUGGGUCUAACACAGCAGCCAGAACUGCAGCUUCCCCUCUUCCUCCUGUUCCUGGGAAUCUAUGUGGUGACUGUGGUGGGGAAUUUGGGCAUGAUUCUCCUGAUUGUGGCCAGCACUCUGCUUCACACCCCCAUGUACUACUUCCUCAGCAGUUUGUCCUUCAUUGACCUCUGCUAUUCCUCUGUCAUUGCCCCCAAAAUGCUGGUGAACUUCCUUGGAAAGGAGAAUAUCAUCCUUUAUUCUGAGUGCAUGGCCCAGCUCUUUUUCUUUGUGGUCUUCGUGGUGGCUGAGGGUUACCUCCUAACUGCCAUGGCAUAUGAUUGCUAUGUUGCCAUCUGUAGCCCAUUGCUUUAUAAAGUGAUCAUGUCCUCUAAGGUCUGCUCACUGCUUAUGCUAGUUGCCUUCAUCCUGGGCUUUCUCUCUGCCUUGGCUCAUACAAGUGCCAUGAUGAAACUGUCUUUCUGCAAAUCCCAUAUCAUCAACCAUUACUUCUGUGAUGUCCUUCCCCUCCUCAAUCUCUCAUGCUCCAACAAGCACCUCAAUGAGAUUCUUCUUUUUAUCAUUGCGGGGUUCAACACCUUAGUGCCCACCCUAGCUGUGGCCAUCUCCUAUGCCUUCAUCUUCUACAGCAUCCUUCACAUCCGGUCUUCAGAGGGUCGGUCUAAAGCUUUUGGAACAUGCAGCUCUCACCUCAUGGCUGUGGGGAUCUUCUUUGGGUCUAUCACUUUCAUGUAUUUCAAGCCCCCUUCAAGUAACUCCCUGGAUCAGGAGAAGGUGUCUUCAGUGUUCUACACCACAGUGAUCCCCAUGCUGAAUCCUUUAAUAUACAGUCUGAGAAACAAGGAUGUGAAGAAAGCAUUGAGAAAGGUCUUGGUGGGUAGAUGAGCCUUGAAUUUGGAGAUUUAUA